CGACGUUCGACCCGCUCGGUUCAUCGCGCUCGUCGGCUCCAUUCGUAGUCUUUCUCUCAGCAUCCUCGGCUCGGCUCGGCUCGGCUCGAUUCGUCAUGAUCGACGUCACGUGACGCUUUUCGCAUUUCUGAAAAAAACACAGCGGAGGAAAAACAGAAAGCCGAGAAAAACGCGGGGCAGGACAUUUUGGCCGAUUUGUCGUGUCCAGUUCGCUUUUCCUCGUCCUCGCGAGCGGAAGUGACGGAGACGAAUUGUGCGAUUACGCGGUGACACAAGCGCGUAUCGCGAACCGCGCGAUCGCGAGGUCUCGCGAGUUCCGCAAAUCGCGCUUUGGUGGUGAAGAGUUUUGCUUGUAUUUGUCGUUUCUUGAUUGUGCCAUGACAUUCUGGAUAUGAUACCGGAUGGAUUAAGCCAUCAUCGGAGACUCGCCACGACCUGAGGAUGCGAGGUUGCGCGGAGGACAGGAGGGCGCGGACUGGUGUUGCGAAGACGCUGAGGUCUGCGACCGUCGCGGGAAAUGACCAUGACGAGCGUGGCUGUCGCCCCGGGUAGCCUCGGCGCACCACCAGCUAUGCUCAGCCCGAAGAUGUAUCACCUGCAGCAAGGUCUCAGCCCGACGUCCGGCUCGCCCACCUCCGGCAAGAACUACGACACCCUGAGCAAGGGCAAGAAGUCGUGGAGCGUGCGGCUGGGUCUGUCGCGGCAGCACCAUAGCCCGGAUGAUUCCGCCAAGGGUUGGGGCACCAUAAGCGGCGGCAGUGUGCUCUCCCGCCAGAUGAUCUACGGCGAGCCGUGGCUGUACGGCACGGUGCGAUCGUCAUCGUCGUCGUCGUCGCACUCCCCACACGAGCCGCGGCCGUUCCUCACGCCACCGCCGCCGCCGGGCGCGCCGUUGCUCGUGGUAUGUUCCUGCCCGGAGUUCCUCGCCGGCACCGUCAGGAAGCUCGGUAGCUGCCGCAAGUGCGGCGGCCACCGGCUGGCCGGGGUGCCGUUCGGCGGCACUUGCCGCUUGCCGCCGUCCUCGAGGAGCAGACCCAGCCUCGCCGGCGUGCUGAGGGCCCCGAUCGACGAUCCUUACGACCAGAUGCGGCGGAACCGGCUGGUGGAGCCGAGGUCGCGGGCGCGCAGCAUCUCACCGCACCGGUCGUCGACGCAGCGCGACUCCCGGAGCCAGAGUGUGAUCGCGCGUGCCGCGAAGGAGCGGAAGGGCAGCGCGACUGCAGCCGAAGGCACCACGUCGUCUUCGAGGUCCGAAUGGUUCGACAAGCAGCCGCCGGGCACGGCGGGCUACGACGACACCGCCGCGACGGCCAACGUGCGCAAAUCGCGACCCGGUUUCACCGGCGGUGCGUCCUCGGACGACUGGCUGAGGGACGAGGCGACCGCGGCGGAGAGCCACUCGCGGACUCAUUCUAACGCGACGCCGGCCGCGAGGCUGGCGCGUGUCCCGAAGAAGCCGGCGAGGGACGCGAGGAAGCAGUGGCUGGAUGCCGGCGGUCAGCAAACGUCGGAGGCGGCGAGUCAGCGGCGGAGCGGCCAGGACGGCGGCCAGUGGAAGGACGGGACGACGACGACGGCGACGGCGACGUCGACGUCGUCGACGACGUCGACGUCGGUUACCGACUCCCGUAGGAGUAUCCUCGAGUGCGACGUGAAUCCAUAUCUGUUGCUGAAGAAGCAGAAGGACGAGGAUGACUUGAGCGAUGACCUGUCGGACAAUGCUCUGGAGCAGGACGACCAUCGUGCGCUGUCCAGCCUGUUCGACCCGUCCAAGGUGAAGUCCAUCGAGAGGAUACCGAACAGAAACGCCGUGGCGGCGAUCGGCGGUCAACGGAUCCGUGUGUUCAGCGAACCGCGGGAGAUCUCGGACGACGACGACGUGGAGGUGCCAGCGGUCACCAGGAUCCCGAUACCGAAGGUCUCACCGAAGAGACCGCCGAGACGGCUGAAGGAGGCUCGGCAGACGCUCAAGAGCAUCCUCAAGCGCGGUCGCGUGAUGGAGAGCAAACGGAAGAACGUCCUGUUCAACGUCGACAACGUGAUCUUCGCACCGGAGAAGCCGUCGGAGGCGACACGGCUGUCGUGGAGCCGGCUGGGCAGGAUCGCUGGUCGCGACUCCGUCAAGGAGCAGCGAAACAAUAACGAGCAACAGACUAAGCAAGAGAAAGAGGAAGCGGAAGAAGAGGAAGAGGAGGAGGAAGCGCCGAUCGUGCCACAGGAGCAGCAAGAGAAGCACAACUUCAUCACGAUCCCAAACAUCAGGGAUCCGAAGGUCGACAGGAUCCGGCUGAAGGAGCCGAGGAUCGUGCCGGAAGUGAAGCUCGCGCCACCCGGUCCCGACAGGAUCAAGAUAGACAAGUUUAUGCCGUCCAGGAAGCCCGAUCGCCCCGUAUCCAAGAAGCGGGAGAACGACGGCGCGGAGCAACGCGCGCGGCAGGUCGCUGAGACGCGUCCGUUCUCCGAGAACUUGUCGUCCUGCCCGAAGAUCAACAGCGGCGGCGCGGGGCAGCGGAGGGUAUCGCCGGAAGAGCAGAAGAGGAGAUUACCUCCGGAGGAGGAGAGGAUCAUCAGGCCCGAGGACGAGACCGAGCUGGAGAUCGAGAUCGAGGAACUGAAGGAUCGUCUGCCGUGCGUCGCCGUCGACGAGAAGGACUUGAUCUCAAAGUCCGAAGAGAACACGAGGAAAUCCCUGUUGACGCGAAGCCAAAGCGACCGGUCGUUCAGCCGACCGGAGGUCUCGGCGGCCGACGUGCUGUUCUCGGACACGAUGCGCCUCAGCCUGUGCAAGAAGAUGAAGGAGCCGUCGUCCGCCUGUACUACGCCCACGUGCGCGGUCACGCGCGAGGACGCCGACGAGGAAGGCUCGAGAAAGGACGAGACCGAGGAAGAAGAAGAGGAGGAAGAAGAAGAAGAGACGAGCGUCACCGGCGGGCUCAAGGGGUUCGAGCGCGAGGUCGAGGCGAGCAAGAACGUUAAGGAGGGCCCUGAGAAGAGCAACGUCGAGAAAGAGGCGGAGCCGCCGCCGCCGCCGCCGCCGCUGCCGCCGCCGGACGCGCGCAGCGAUAUUUCCGAUACCGGCAACGAGCACUUCCGCACGAUGAGACCCACGAGCUGGUCCCCGCCGCCAGGUAGGCAACGGCAUCGCUUCAAGAUCAGCGACUCCGCGCUGCUGGACCUGGACGAGAGCAACGGCUCGGUCAGGGAUCACCGCAGGACCAUCUCGUCGGCGUCGACCGCCUCGUGGAACUCGAGCAGCUCGUACGGUUCGUCGAAGAUCGAGAUCGGCUCGCCUGAGAGCAACGUCUGCAAGAUCACGGUGAGCCCGCUCUCGUCGCCGCUCGUCCACCGUCUGCAGAUCGGGCCGGAUUCCGGCACGAGGACCGCCCGAAGAACGUCCAUCCUGAUCAACGGCGAUCAUCAGAGCGCGACGAGCGUAGAAGCGCCGCAGCCCGGCAAUAAGGUGACCAUCAGCGUCGGCGGCGAGGACAGCGUGUGCAAUCCGACGGUGAUCUCCGUGAACUCGGAGAACCCGCCGAAGAUCCAGAGCUCCGGCGAGAACCGGACCCUGGUGAUACUCGAGAAUUACAGAUCGAACAUCGUGGUGGAGUCCUCGGCGGCCGAGGACUCGCGCUUCAGGUCGGUGGCGAAGGAUAAUCACGUGGCGGCCGAGGAUGGUUUCGAGACGAGCUCCAAGACGAGCGACGAGGCACCCUCGACGCCCAGCGAGGAGACCCCGCCGUGUCACAUGGAGCAGCCGUGUCCGAUGAACCUGGAGAAGCAGAAGUUGAGCGUCGAGAUCAAGUCGACCAGCAGCAGCAGCCAGUCGUCGAGGCUGUACACGAGCGACGAGAGAACGUCGCGGACGGAGUCCAAGAUGCGGCUCAAGGACGUUGAGGGUUCUUCGUCCAAGCUGUCGGGUUUGUCGAAAGAGGAACUCAUCUCCAAGCUGCUCGAAGAUUCCUUGCGGAAAGCUCGUGAGAACGGCGAGAUCCUCGACGAAGAUAGCGGCGAGGCGAUUUUGAAGAUCUUGAAGCAAAGUCUGCUGAAGAGCAAAGAGUACGAAAGCUCCGAGUCCACCGUUGAGGCCAACUACUCCAGGUCGUCCAGCUUGAACUCGGACGGCGACUUCAUCUCCACGAAUCUCUUCCUCGAGGAGAAUCCUUACGAGGUGAUCAAGGAGCCGAUCUAUGAGGAGAUACCAGACGAGCCGCCGCCGUUGCCACUGAGCCCACCGCCCACGGAGGAUUACAUCAAGGACAGGAUCUACUUCGGUGACGUUGAUUACUACAAGAAGGUCUCGUCGGGUCAGUUCCGGGUCCUCGGUCCGUAUCUGUCUGAGGAAGUUUUCAAAAAGUCCAACUCGGAGGAUUUGGCCGAGACUUACUUGUCGAAGAGUCCUGAGGAUUUUUUCAAGAAGAUAUCAACGUCGCCCGAGGACGAGAACAUCUCCACCAAGUUCGAGCUGCUGAACUUCUUGAUGGACUCCAAGGAUCGCACUCGACCGACGGAGGAGGACGAGGACGACGACGACGACGACGAGGAGGAUGACGCUGAGGGAGACUUGGAAGCUCUCUAUGAGCAGAAGGAGACCAGUUUGGGCGAUCUCAGCUCCAAGAGCUCGCAGAUCUCCAACGUUUCCGACAGCAGCGAAGAGUGCAACAUCAUCCUGACCAGUUCGCCGGAAACGUUGAAGUCAAGAACAGUCGACAUAGAAAGGACCGACAGCGGAGUCGGUUCCGAGAGCAGUCAGGCCAGCAGCACUCGCGGUGUCGCGAGACGCUGGAGAUCGGGCAACGUCUCCUCGGGGCCGGGGAGCCUCCUCGGCGGCAUCCCGCAGGUGAUCUCCGGCGCCACGAAGCUGUGCGAGGAUUGCGAGCAACGGCUGGACCCUCUGAUAACGGACAGCGGCGUGGUUUACGCGCCUUUCGUAUGCAGGAAGUGCUCGAAGAAGCGGGCUGAGCGGAAGGAGAUCAUCACGGAGAUUGUGGAGACCGAGCAGAAGUACGGGCGGGACCUGCAGAUCAUACUCGAGGAGUUCCACCGGCCUAUGCUGCGAGCGGGCCUCCUUACGUCGGAGCAGCUGUCGGCGAUCUUCCUCAACGUCGAGGAGCUGCUCGAGCACAACCUCGUGUUGGCUGAGAAGCUAAAGGACAGCGUGGAGAUCGCCCAGGUAUCCGGGGACGAGGAUCUUCUGACGGUGGACGUGGGCAAAAUCUUCCUCGAGUCGGAGAGAAUGCUUCACGCCUUCGAGAGCUACUGCACGCGCCAAGGUAGCGCCAGCCUGCUGCUGCAAAACUUGGAGAAGGAGAAGGAGCUCCUCCGAAUCUUCCUCAGGGUCUCCCAAAUGGAGAACACGGUCCUGCGGAGGAUGAAUCUAAACUCCUUUUUAAUGGUUCCUGUUCAAAGAGUCACAAAGUAUCCGUUGCUGCUGGCACGUUUGCUCAAGGCAACACCCUCCGUUCGACCAGACAUUCAAGAGGCGAAGAAGAGACUCAAGCAGGCUCAAACCAACAUCGAGUUACACUUGGAACACAUGAAUGCUGAAGCGAAGGAUGUUACGUCGACAAAGUUGUGGAGGAGAAUAUCGAUCAUCCAAAAUGGCAGACGGUCCAUCGGCGAACAGGAUAUGGUGAAUAUUAAGCUGAGAAAGAUGGCCGUUGAGAUCCUGGAAUGGGCUCACGAGGAGGCCAGGUUUGUUCUCGAAGGCCGCCUUCUGGUGGCGCAGCCGACUGACAAUAAUUGGAGGCGCGGUCGAACUGUCAAACUCGCGCCCGUCACUGCCAUGCUUGUUACUAACGGCAAGUCGAACGCCGAGUAUCUCGAAUUUAACGACGACUCGCUCUUUCCCAAGCAUAUAGACAUCAAGGAAGCUACCCUGCUCUUGGUAAAGGAGAAACUUGGACGGUAUUCCUUACUACGAGAGCCGUUGUAUCUCGACAAGUGCAUAGUGUGCUGUGAAACGGAUCUCGAGGAUUACUUUGAAAUACAGGAAUUGUCUUCCAAGGAGACAUUUAUAUUUAAGGCGGAGGACGGCGCGAGAACGAAAAGAUGGUGCCGAACGUUGCAGGCUCACGCGCAGUCACUUGGUGCUUGGCGCAAACGUCGGGGGGCACUUCCCAACAUCAUGAUCUGCGGCGUGGCGAGGAAUUAACGAAGGCUCGAUAUAGUUAUGCGUUAUGCGCGACGUGCCUGAUGCGCUUCCGACUCGAUGUCGAUGGAACGGGAUUUUGCCACGGAACGACACGCAAGGUCGCCCAGGCGAUCUCUAAGUACGAAUUCGUGUGCAUGAUCUCUGGAUGAAUUAGUAACGAUUUAUUGGGUAGAAAGAGAGGAAGGAGAGGAAGGAGAGAAAGAGAGAGAAAGAGAGAAAUACGCUGGACCAAAGGAUUUUUUCGGCUCGUCGACGCGCUCCCGUCGCUGACGAGUGACACGAAAGUCUAGUUCUUUACCGAAUAUCAAGGUAAACCAACUUGUGUUCGGUUACAGUGCGCAGCAGAGACUCGAGUUUCCUACGUCACUGUAAUUAAGAAUGGCGCAACAGCGUGUACGUGUACACCGCGAGAGCCGCGCAUACAAACUUCUAUCCGACAUCUGUCGAUUCCUAAACGAGUAACUCUAAGUACACAUACAUAAUAUAUAUGUUUGCAUACGUACGUAUAGGACUAUUUAAAAGUACACCUACGAUUAUACUCUGCUGAAAGAAAUGAAAACACGACGAGUAGCUGUGAUAUCGACCGGUGUAUUGGGGGUAUCCGUUUCCUUUUCGCAGAUUAUUACUUCGCGCGCGCGCGCGCGCGGAUGUUCCCGCCUCGUUGACUCUUCGCCAUGCGCGAGAGUCUUCUCGUCCGAUAUCGCGCAUUACGAAAACGAAGGUGAUAGGAUAAAUGUUUUGCUAGAUCCCGAGAUAAUGAGGUUCGCGGUAACGGUGAAUUCACGUAUGAAUCAGCAGCAUCGAGGAUAACAGGGUGCCGUGCCGCGUGUUGUGACUCCAUGCGCGCGAUCGACGCGAGCACUGAGAAUUCGUUAAACUAAGAACACUUACUUCUCCUCUCCCCUCCCCCGACCACUUCAGCAAUUACUCACCCACAGGAUGAUUAACAGUAUUUUAUUUUACUACGUCUAACACCCGCAAACUACGAAUUUUGUACAUUGUACGAUAUUUUUAUUUAAGCGCUAAGAGCUACACGUGUAUGUAUAUAAAUGUAUAUUUACAGAUGUCCUUCCAACAGUUCUCUAACCGGAAUUCAUUGUAACGAAUUAAUUUGCUCCAUUACGCAAUAGUUGCAAUUUAAUAAAAGUGAUGUAACGCG